CUCUGGCCCAACCGAAGAAAAUGCGAAACGAGGAAGAAGACGAAAGUCUGCCAGAGUUUCCAACAUUUUCUUGAUAUUGGAAGUGGAAGGAAAGCUACUUGUAAAGCACCAGUCGAUGCCCAGAAUCUUGUUCCCUUCUAAGGUUGCAAUCCUCUCCAAGUUGCCUCUCGUAUUUCAAUCAAAACCCAUCUCAUCUUCCUCAUUGGGAACAUCUCUUUCAGCUCCAACACACGAGCACAUAGCCCAUCUCAUUUUAGAACAGAAAACACCAUCCCAAGCCCUCCACACCUUCAGAUGGGCAUCAACCCUCCCCAACUUUACCCACUCCCACUCCACUUACCGGGCUCUAAUUCACAGGCUAUGCUCCUUUCGCCGUUUCGAGACUGUUCAGCAGCUGCUUGACGAAAUGCCACACUCGAUCAACUCACCCCCAGAUGAAGACAUUUUCGUCACUCUCAUCCGAGGACUUGGCCGGGCUGGAAGGAUCCGGCUAGUGGUAAACGUACCUGAUUUAUUUCGUAAGUUCAAUCAAGCCCCGUCUUUGAAGAUGUUCAAUUCUAUACUCGACGUUCUUGUUAAGGAAGAUAUUAAUUUGGCUAGGGAGUUUUAUCAAAAGAAAAUGAUGCGGAGUGGUGUUCAGGGUGAUGAUUACACUUUCGGGAUUUUGAUGAAAGGUCUAUGCUUCACAAACAGGAUUGGUGAUGGUUUUAAGCUCUUGCAGGUUAUGAAAUCCAGGGGCUUAAGGCCUAAUACGGUAAUUUAUAACACGUUGAUUCAUGCACUUUGCAAGAAUGGGAAAGUAGGGAGGGCAAGGAGCUUGAUGAAUGAAGUGGAGGAGCCUAAUGAUGUUACUUUUAACAUUUUAGUAUCUGGGUAUUGUAGAGAACAGGAUCUAGUUCAAGCUCUUGUGUUGAUGGAGAAGAGCUUCAGUCUGGGGUUUGUGCCUGAUGUAGUCACUGUUACUAAGGUGGUGGAGCUUCUCUGCAAUGUAGGCCGUGUGAUGGAGGCUGUCGAGAUCUUAGAGAGAAUGGAGAGCAAGGGGGGUGUAGUUGAUGUUGUUGCAUAUAAUACAUUAAUAAAGGGCUUGUGCAGAACAGGGAAAGUAAAAGCUGGGCAUGGCUUUUUGAAAGUGAUGGAGAGCAAAGGCUGCCUACCAACUGUGGAUACAUACAAUAUGUUGAUCUCGGGUUUCUGUGAAUCUGGGAUGUUAAAUUUGGCUCUUGAUCUGUUUAAUGAGAUGAAAACAGAUGGGAUUAUUUGGAACUUUGAUACAUGUGAUAUGCUAAUCAGAGGAUUGUGUUCAGAAGGGAGAAUGGAGGAUGGGUUUAAAAUAUUAGAACUCAUGGAGGAGACCAAAGCUGGUUCGAGAGGUCAUAGCAGUCCAUAUAACAGUGUUCUGUAUGGUUUUUAUAAGAACAAUGAUCGGGAUCAGGCAGUGGAGUUUCUAAAAAAGAUGGGGAAACUGUUUCCUAAAGCGGUUGAUAGGAGCUUGCAGAUAUUAAGUUUUUGUGAGAAAGGCUGUAUUGAGGAUGCAAAGAGAGUAUAUGAUCAGAUGACUGAAGAGGGGCAAAUUCCAAGUGUUAUUGUUUAUGAUUCCUUGAUCCUCGGAUUUUGCCUAGAAGGUUGUGUACGGGAAGCAUUUGAGCUGAUGAACAAGAUGGUUGAUAUUGGUAAGUUUCCAGUGGCAUCAACAGUCAAUGCUAUCAUUAGUGGGUUUUUGAGGCAAGGGAAACUCAGCAGUGCACUGAAGCUUUUGGAGGACAUGGUUGGGCGAGGUUGCUUACCCAGCAUAGAAAGUUACCGUCCUUUGGUUGAAGCUCUUUGUGGUAAGGGGGACUUUCAAAGAGCAUUAGGGCUUUUCCUGCAAAUGGUAGGGAAGGGCACAAUCCCCGACAAUUUGAUGUGGAAUUCAUUGCUGCUUUGCCUUUGUCAAGAAACUAAAAGGCUACAAACCAAGAAUAUGUUUAGUGUCAAUAAUAACCUUCUGCAGUCUAUAAUAGAGACUUAAAUUGGUUGCUAGGCGCCUUUGCCUCUUAUUGAAAAUAAUUGUUUUCCUGAUGUUCCAGUGGCAGUGUAAACACCAGAUUGUUGGUAAAGUCAAGGAGCCACAGUUUUGUGGUAAAGAAGCUGUGACUCCUGCAGGUUGUUGGUCAAGUGCUGCAUUCCAAAUGCUCAGAUUGAGUGUUGUUCGGGGUUUUCAUCAAAAUGGAGACCGAGAACAAGGAUGAUUACAGAUGUGAUUCCAACAUCCAAUCUCUGGUUUGCUAGUGACUUUGAAGUCGCUAUUUAUGAUUGAGUUGCCAUCACUAUGUUUCAUUUCACGGUGAUCCUGGCUGUCAGCUGUCUGCCCCAAACAAAUUCUCUACUAGUUAAAAGCCAAAGUCACCAUCCAUCCUCAUUCCUCAUUAGCUUUCUUUCAAAGAACAAAACCACGGCAAUAGCAAAUAUGUUGUUUGACAAAUAAGCAAGCACACUUUCAAAGAGUCUCCCAGCCUUCCCAAGGGAAGACACCCCACUGUUAAUAAAUGCACUAGUGCACUACUCCUCUCCUCCCAGUCCACGACCUUUGUAAUGUCUUCCUGGCCAUAGUUUGGGCAGGCGUCCUUGGCCUCUCUCUUACACCUUCCAGAAACAGGAUGGCUCAUGGCUCUCUCGUGCUUGUCUGUUGCACUCCUCUCCUACCAUUGCAUGAUGCUCUUGGUCCACGCUCGCUGGAAGCUUGACUCCAAGCUUGCCUCUAUUGCCUCCUUUGGUGAGCUUGGCUGUGCUGUCUGGUCCCAUAGGCACUUUUCCGUGGAUGCCGUGAUCAUCUUAGCUCAAGCCGGCUUCUGUGUAAGCUGCCUUAUAUUCAACUCCAACACCUUGGCUUAUAUUUUUAACUACACUUGCAAAGAAAUGUCCUGUUUUGGGUUUAAGUCCCAAGUCUUUGAAUCUAUGGGCGUGUUUCCCAAUUCAGCUGGGUUUGAAUUCAAUUUGCAAGCUUGACCCAUUUGGCUCAUUUGAGUAUAUUUGCAGAUGUAUUGGAUCUUGGAGCCAUGGGAGUUGUAAUAGUGGAGGAUGUGUUUAAUGUUUUCAAAGCAUAAGCCUGUUAUGGAAUCAUUUGGUA